AUGCCGACGGAUAUGCAGCCAGAUAAAGAGGCAUCAAAUCACAAUUACGCUCUCACAUCCGACGCAAUCCCAGAACCACCUCUGAGAACUAUUCCAGAGAAACUUCAUGCUAAAGACAUGAUGGUUGGCGAUUUGCUGGCGGCUACAGAUAAUUUAGAGAGUCUCAGCAUAUCUCCCAGAAAAAUAUCAAAGGAGUUAGCUGAUCAUAGCGAGGAACCUGCAGUUGUGACUUCCAAAGUAGCGGAGGACUUGAAAGAGAUUCAGAACUGUAACAACGAUCACGCGAACGAGGUGCUGAUUUCUACUCACUCAAAAACCGGUAUGAAGAUCGCUCGAGGCAUUGCCUCUGGCCCACUUCGCCCGGCACUGAAGAGUGGCGCCUCCAAGUCACCCAAGCUGGUAAAAUCAGUGAUCAUCAACCCUGAAGCCACAAUAUUCCCAACCAGGUACACCCCGCUUGAGAAUGUACCACAUCAUGAAUACACCACGGCUGAAAAGCGCCAUAAAAGGUCCAGUUACAACAGAAGCUCACGUCUCUACAAGUCAUCAACAUGGGCUAGCCCUGAUGGCUAUGAGAAAAUCAACACUAGUCAUUUUAGAACGAAUUGGGCAAUGUAUUGCCGUAUGCACCGGGUUAUGGACCGCUUAGAAGCGAAGAGUUCGAGCCAAGCUACCGUCAAAGUUAACAGGCGCUUACCAAAGAUGCACUAUGCUGAACGCCCAAUCCGCCAACUACCCCGAUAUUCGCGUGGUGUUCAUGACAUCAUGCCCAACUACGGCUGGAACCUCCAGCCUAUCGGCAAUCCAGAUAGAGAAAGAUCUACGCUACGCACCGCGACUCUGAGGAGUCCUCAGGGAUAUGAAAGACAGUUCCGUAUGCUCACAGACAGAAAUAUGGAUUACUGGGAGGGUGGCGGACAGUGGAGCAGAUAUUUGACACCAUAUAUGGGGCGGAAUGGUUGGGGAUGGGGACCGCGGUAG